AUGUUCGACCUGAGGACGAAGGUUAUGAUGGGCCUUGCGAGCGGUAUGCUGAUUUCUGCAAUUAUGCUGAUAUCGGUUGUCUUUUGUCUUUACAUGAAAAUAGCCAAGGCACUAAAAAUCGCAAAGGAUGCUGAAAGCUGUAUUGAACAGUGCAAGCUCAACCAGGACAAGGUCAUGAGGCCGAAACCCAUUAUUGCUGGGUCUUGUCGCACCCUCCAGCGCUGUGAUGACUGUAGCAUCUAUGCAGAUGUUGGCACCCUGCCACCUUGCUUUUGUGGCACAAAUGAGGGACUCUGA